AUCUUGACUGUUUUCUUCUUUUAGUAUCAGUCCCUGAUAGUAGCGAUACAACUACUUGCGAAUACUUGAAAGAUGGAAAAUUAAAUUUUUAUGAACCUAAAUUGAGAGCAGAGAAUCAUCCUCAAGUUGUAGAAAGUAAACAUUUAUUUUUAUAGUGAAAUAGUGUAACGCUUAUAGAAUGAUAGAAAUUAUCAAUUUUAGGAUAUUUAGAGCCAAUUUGGAGAAUGCAAUAGACAUGUAUCCUCAAACAAUUGAAAUUCCUUUACCUUAUCAUGACUUGAUCGCCGCUCUUAUUCAAGAUAGUGAUGAACCUUGUACAGUACUUACAAGUCGGAUUAAUGAUAUUUUAUCACCCUUUUUAAGAAAUGAAAAAAUUGCAAAUAAAUUUGACUUGGCGAUAGAGAAAGUCAUUAAACAAGUAGCACAUAAAUGUACAUAUGGACUAAAACAAGAAGUGUAUGAAUCUAUUGAACAUACAGCAACUCAUAUUCCAUGGCAUUUAAAUAUUAUGCGAUGGGAAGUAAAUGAUAUACAAAAUUUUCCAAACGAUAUUCAACAAGCUAUAAUAACGAGAAGACAAAAUCGACAAAUGAUGACAGAAGUAUUUUCUAAUUUUAUUCAAAGUCUACCAUCUAAUCAACAAACAACGAUUGUGAAUACAAAACAUCGUAGACAAACAGUCUAUAAAGAGGUCAUGAUAUUAGAGGACUCAAAGUCAAAGCAUUCAGUGGAAUCAGAGCAAGAAAGAGAAGAGAAACGUAUCAAGAAGGAGGAAGAGAAAAGGAAAAAAGAAGAUGAAAAAAGACAACGUGAAGAAGAAAGACGAUUACGUGAAGAAGAAAAAAGACAAAGAGAGGAAGAAAGGAGAAAACAACGAGAGGAAGAAAAAAGGUUACGUGAAGAAGAAAAGAAGAAGAAAGAAGAAGAAAGAAGAAAGAAAGAACAGGUAAGAGAAUUUUAAUAUACGCGUCAAGUCUUUAUUUUUUAAUUACUUUGUGAAAUAUUUAUUUAGUCACAAUUACGUCUUACUUCAUUAUUUGCAAAAUCAAUAUCAACUGAAACUGUAUCUAAUUCAGAUCAGAAAACACUUGAACCUGCUAAACCUACAUUAUUUCCAGCAUUUUACAUUAAAGAUCAUGUUACAAUUGCCGA